GUUAAUGCCCGGAUCGUCGCCAGUCCCGCAAUUGCUUUGCGGUUUCCUACAUUGCUCACCUACCGCAACCGCGCGCUCUCAUGGAUUCCGACUCGGAUACGGAGAGCUUGAAUGCUCCAACGGAGCAGACUGAGCGCCCGCCGACGAGGCCUUGGGACUUUCACUUGGUCAAGGUUGUCCCGUCACCCGUGGAAAACAGGGACGAAUACGAAAUAUGGGGAAACCGCGUGCGCAAGGUGCUGCGAGAGAUGGAUGAAAGCGACGGUCUCUACUACAGAGUGGUGUUCGAGGACGCCCAUAUUGAGACAAUUUCUUUCGGUAAACUCAUUGAUCUGGAUAACGGGAAGGCUGCUGUUCAGCGAUUUCAUGAACAUCCCGAAUCUAGUGAAGACGAACUCAAUGCUGCCAACAUGAAACUCAAGCUCACACUGAACGAGCCGGACGACGAUAGUGACGACUACGGAACUUCUCAAACCCGGACUCGGAUGCGUAGGGCAAAGCGAGGAUUGCUUUUCACCCGCUCACGAAACAGCCCAGUCGAGGUGUCAUCUGGCGAAGAUGAAGACGAAGAUCAAGGGUCGGAUGAGAGCUCACCGACUUUGUCGCUUCGCCGUAGCACGCGCAACACCCGCAGCACCCGCACAAAACCACGUCAAACCAGAACUUCACUUCGCCAGGUAGACCUGUCCGAUGAGGAUGAGGACGAGCCAUCGGGAUCUUCAGACGACGGCGUCUUUCGAUUACGUUCAGACGUUCUUCCUUCGACGCGGAAGCGGAAGAGAACCGACAGAUUUGGAACUGAGAGCUCCUCAAAGUCAGCUCGUCUGGGCACGAGGCGCUCGGAUAGGGCUACCCGGCACCAAAUGAAUAUGGAGGAAGGUGCUUUGGAUGAAGAGGUGUUUCGCGACGAACCGGAUAAGCGGCCUGCAGCUCCCAAGGCAGUAGGUAUUCGUGAAGUCUUCAAGGACCUUCCUCGCUCGGAUCCAUUCCGUCAGCGACACAUCCAACAGUGCGACACGUGCGGUGAGGGCGUUACCAUUGGGCCUCUUGUAUACUGUCAAGGAUGUCCACUGGCCUAUCACAAGGGCUGCCUCGGUCAUCGUAAUGGUCGGGAGCACUUAGUUACGAAAGUCGGGGUUGACGAGUUCGUUCUCCAGUGUCGCCGCUGCAUCAACGUGCCGAGGCGCAAGGAUUCUUUGGCGCCAGACCAUGCUCAGUGUCAAGUUUGCAGCAAGUCUGGAAGCUCUUGCCAUCCUCUACGCGCCCGCAAGACAGCAUUACAAGAGCAGAAGGAAAGGGAGGACAACCUUGGAGAGGAUCCUAUCACCAAAGUUUCUCCCGACUUGAUCAAUAACCCUCACAACGUCAUGUUUCGCUGCGUCUCUUGCUGGCGCGCAUUCCAUUUCCACCAUCUCCCUCCGAAGUCUGCGCACCAUAUGGAUAUCGAGGAAGAUGAUGAAGAGACAGCUGAACGUCGAUUCACAGAAUAUACCCGUAAUUGGAAAUGCAAGGAAUGCAGCGAGAUGCCUGCCAAGGUUUCAGGCAUCGUUGCAUGGAAGCCAACAGACGAAGAGAACUACCAAGCCGGACUGGCCUGCGAGCAGAUCGAGGAGGACGAGAAGGCCUACUUGAUCAAGUGGGAAAAGUUAUCGUAUUUUAGGUCCACAUGGAUGCCAGGUGCUUGGACAUGGGGUGUCACUGCGCCUGCGAUGCGCAAGGCUUUCAACAAGCGCGAAAGCAGUCCUAAGAUGAGGACCGAAGACGCCAUUCCUGAGGAGUACUUGCGCAUCGAUAUCGUCCUUGACGUCAAAUACACUAGCAUUGUCGACAUCCGCACGGAAGAAAUUGAUAAGGCCCGAAUCAAGGAGGUUGAUGAAGCUUUGAUCAAAUACAAAGGCCUUGGGUACGAAGACGCAGUCUGGGAAAAGGUGCCGAUACCCGAGGAUGGUGAUCGUUGGACGGACUUUGUCACGGCUUACAACGACUGGGUUCUUGGCCGUUACGUGCACGCUCCGAAGAAGGGUCCGCUCCAGGCACGCCUCGAGAAGGCACGUUCACAUCCGUUCACCAAGCUCGAAAAGCAGAAACAGCCCGAAAAUCUCCAGGCUGGCAUGAAACUGAUGAAAUAUCAACUCGACGGCCUCAACUGGCUAUAUUAUCAAUGGUACUCGAAGAAGAACGGAAUUCUUGCAGACGAGAUGGGUCUAGGCAAGACUAUUCAAGUCAUCUCGUUCCUGGCAACUCUUAUUCAGGACCACAACUGCUUCCCCUUCCUCAUCGUUGUACCCAACUCAACAUGCCCCAAUUGGAGGCGCGAAAUCAAGCAGUGGGCACCAUCUUUGAGGGUGGUCACCUAUUUUGGUUCCUCAGCCGCGCGUAGCAUGGCCUAUCAGUACGAACUGUUUCCUGAGGCGAGCAAGGACCUUCGCUGCCAUGUUGUAGUUACAUCCUACGAGGCAGCCGCCGACGACAACUGCAGGAAAUUUUUCAGAAGCAUCAAUUGGGCAGGCCUCAUUAUCGACGAAGGACAGCGAUUGAAGAGCGACAAGAGUUUCCUGUAUAGAUCAUUGAAUGCUCUCAAGGUUCCUUUCAGGGUUCUCCUGACCGGAACGCCAUUGCAAAACAACGCAAGAGAGUUAUUCAACCUCCUUCAAUUCCUUGACGACAGCAUUGAUGCAGCAAAUCUUGAAGAAGAGUAUACAGAAAUGACCAAAGAAAAGAUCAUGAAGCUCCAUGACUUGAUCAGGCCAUACAUCUUGCGCCGCACAAAAGCACAGGUGCUUACCUUCCUGCCACCUAUGGCGCAGAUCAUCCUGCCCAUCUCCAUGAGCGUCUUGCAAAAGAAGCUCUACAAGUCGAUCCUUCAAAAGAAUCCCGAGCUCCUAAAGGCUUUGUUUUCGACAAAUCACUCGCUGAAACCACAAGAGAGGGCCAGCCUUAGCAACAUCUUGAUGCAGCUCCGUAAAUGUCUCUGCCAUCCAUUCGUCUACAGUCGGGAGAUCGAGGAACGCACUGAUGUUGCCGCGAUCUCACACCGCAACCUUGUCGAAGCAUCAGCAAAGCUGCAGCUUCUUGAAAUGUUGUUGCCGAAACUCAAAGAGCGAGGCCACCGUGUGCUCAUCUUCAGCCAAUUUCUUGACAUGCUGGAUAUCAUCGAAGACUUCCUUGAUGGACUAGAGAUGGGGUAUAGGAGACUUGACGGCAGCAUCGGAUCGCUCGAGAAACAAAAGCGCAUCGACGAGUUCAACGCUCCUGAUUCCCCACUAUUCGCCUUUAUUCUUUCUACGCGGGCAGGUGGUGUCGGUAUUAACUUGGCGACUGCCGAUACUGUCAUCAUUAUGGACCCAGAUUUCAACCCGCACCAAGACAUCCAAGCACUUUCUCGUGCUCACCGUAUUGGACAAAAGAACAAGGUUCUUUGCUUCCAGCUCAUGACGCGAUCUAGCGCAGAAGAAAAGAUUUUCCAGAUUGGGCGGAAGAAAAUGGCCCUUGACCAUGUUGUCGUAGAAUCGUUGGACGCUGAUGAUUUGGAGGAGAGAGAUGUCGAAUCCAUCCUCCGACACGGCGCUGCAGAGCUGUUCUCUGAAGACAGCGGCGAUCAGGAUAUCAAAUACGACAACGCAUCGACUGAGAAACUUCUUGAUCGCAGCCAGAUUGAGAACACCAGGACCGGAGAGGAUGCCACCGCCGAGACGCAGUUUAGCUUUGCCCGUGUCUGGGCUAACGACCAGGGUGCCCUUGAGGGACUUCUCGAGAUCAACGACGAUGAAGAGGAACGCAUACCUGACCCGAGCGUUUGGGACAAGAUUCUGCAGGAGCGCGAAAAGGCUGCCGCCGCCGAAGCAGCAGCAAGGCAACAAGCACUUGGACGUGGCAAACGUGCUCGCAUGUUGGUCGAUUACAACGUGAACGACCGCGAAGCAGGACUCGAUGUCGAAGAAGCCGACAAUGUUGCCCCCGGAAAGAACCGUGGUCGUCACCGAAAGAAGGACGACAGCGACACCGACUUCCAAGCUGAGGGCAGCGAAGACGAAGAAAGCAUCCCGGACGUAGGCGAGGCGCAAGUCGACGUCACGGAACUUGCGGAAGCGCCUCCUCAGAAAGACCGUGGCAUUGCGGCGGCUCAUGUGCCGAAGCCACCAAAGCCAGCCGGUCCUAAAGUCAAAGGGUUCAGUCGCGCCCGUUCUCCGCCUUCCCCUCCUCAUUUCCCCUCACAUAUGCCUUUGCCACCAGGCUACGUUCGCACCUGUCCCGCCUGUCGCAAGACGCACGCGGUCGGCGCCUGUCCGCUCAAGAUCGCCGGCCCCGAACACUGUAACCUUUGUGGUUUGGCCCAUUUCGGCAUCGCACGCGUGUGUCCACACAUCGGCUCGGAGACGCAGGUCCGCGAGAUGAUUGCCGCCCUCAAGCAGAGCAGCGAACCGAGACAUCUGGUCGAGACGGCGCUGAAGUACUUGAGGGGUGUCAAGGGCCAUUUGGUUCAGAAGAAGAAGCAGGCGAUUGAGAACAGCAAGAAGGGUACCAGUGUGCUGGCUCCUGUCCCGAGCAAUGUUGUUCUGUCUUCGACUGGUCAUGCUACUGCUGCUGGAGGUAGUGGCGGUGGAGGACACGGCGCAAGCAGCGCUGGCGCUCAGCCUGGAGCUUCUGGCAGCGUUGCGCAGAACGGCAGUGGGCAUGGUGGCCGCGAUACCACAGCAAACAACACGCCAGCACCAGCACAUGAACACCACGACGAAGCAGCCGUCGCGGCAGCGCUGCAAAGCUACUUGAGAAACCCGGGCGGCGGAUAGAGAGA